AUGAAUAAUAAAAUUAAUUAUUUUUUAAAUACUGUCAGAUACAUUCAUAGGUGUCAUUCUGUGCUUACUCCCAAAUCCUCAGCUACAACUAGAAAACAUAUUUUAUGGAUUGGCAUAUACAGGAAUCCCCUGGAAAAGGUGACCUUCAGGAAAUUAUUUUUAAAUAUUUUUCCUUCUGUGCGUGGAUCAUCUCGAUUUCUAUCUCAAAAGACAGAGGUUUUUAGCACAGGUGCUAAAAUACAAGAUAAAAGUACGGAGGAUUUGGUGGGUGAGCAGGCUCCCCAAAGCUCCUUGGAACUUGAAAAGUUGGACAAUUCUGAGAGCUUCAAAGGAAAGCAUGUCAUGGAUCACAGUGAUCCAUUCUUUAGUAGUCUCCAGAAAUGCACCUGUCCUUCUGACGUACUAGACUUGGUUUUGGAGUCUGCCGUUUCUGUUAAGCACUUCACAAACUGUUUAACUACAAUAUGGAAGCUCUUCAAAAACCUGUCUGAAGACCAGCAGCGUUAUGAGAAGCAGCUGAUCUUUGAGCAUCCAGCUUUUGUCAAGCUUUGCCAGCAGCUGCUACGGGACGCCAGAAGGAUGACACGGGGUGACCUGGUGUUCAGUCUGCAUGCUGUGGUGAACCUGGGCAUUCCUCAGAACACUCUCCUAGUUCAGACUUUGGUGAGGGUGUGCCAAGAGAAGCUCAAUCAAUUUGAUAACCGAUGUAUCUCAGUUUUGGCAACUACUUUAGUCGGGCUGGGUAAAGACAAGAAUGUGAGCGCUCUUCAAGCUGGAUUACAAUUACUAGUGGAGCAGCGCAUUCCAAGUAUCAGAGAUAUCUUUAUACUGCAAAACCUGAUGAAAUGCAUGGGAAAAGAUGCUCCAGUCUUUCUGAAAAAGAAAUUAGAGAUGGCAGUUUUGAAAGAGAUAGAUCAUCUGACUUUCCUAAAUGCUCUGCGUGUGUUUUUGGCUCUUAAUGCUAUGGAUUACUGUUCCAUUCCAAUCCUGAAUGCCUGCAGUAAAAAGAUCCAGGAGAAUGUCCAUGAUGUUCCAUUUCGGCAGUUAAUUCUCAUUCUGGAAACUUGUUGCAAUCUCCAGUACCGUAAUGUAAGACUGUUUUCAGUACUAGCAGACUAUGUUAAUUCUACUGCCUACCUUUGGGAUAAAAGACAGAUUAUCCAUUUUCUUUCUGCCUGCGAGACACUUUGCUAUCAGCCUCGUGAGCUGAUGGGUGUUUUUGCUGAGAAGGUGAUAGAAGAUCCUGAAUUCCUCAACUUCAAAAACCUUUUGAUUGUUCUCCGAGUGUAUUCACGACUCAACUAUGCUCCCAGAGACAAAAAGCAUCUGUUUUUUGAGACUCUUCAUAGCUGCUUGAAUAAGUACCUCCUUCAGAUUUCCAACACAGAACUGCUGAGGGCAGUGUAUUCAUUUUGCAUCUUAGGAUAUCUUCCUCAUCAAGCACUUGAUGAGCUGCUACAAAAGGACAGCAGGGAUGAACUUCUACUGUCAGAUGAUCUUUACAAAGAACAAAAGGAAAUGAUGCUUCACUGUGUGAAAACAUGUGCGGAACUUGAUAGCCCUUCCUUCACGAAGCCUGCAUUUGUGCUGACUGAGAAUUUCUCUUCAUUAGUAUCUCUUAAUCUCAAAAAGGCUCGGGCAGCACUUAUAGAACUUCUGGGAGAUGAGACCAUGUUUCGGCAGAACGUUCAGCUGCCAUACAGAUACCAUAUUGAUUUUGAAAUCAGAAUGGAUACAGACAGAAAGAAGGUGCUCCCAACAGCUGCAGCAGAUAAUCUUGCUGACUCAAGUGUUCAAAGAUUGGCUUUUCUCUUUGUUCCUCUGUCGGCCUUCUGUGUGGGUACAACGCAUCCCUUAGGGAUGCUGGCAAUGAAGAAGCGGCAUCUAAGUAACCUGGGCUAUCAUGUAAUUCUGAUCCAGAGCAAGAAGUUUCAGGAAAUGACAAAUGAAGAUGCAGUUAAGUUUUUGAAAGGACAAAUUUAUUCAGAAAAUGUUUUCCCUUUUUCUGAAGUGACUGUGCAGGAUAAUAAUUAA